AUGGAUUUGAAGAUCCAACAAGCCGUCGAAAUUCUCCGCGAUAGUAGCCGCCGGGGAAAGCACGAUGCAGAACUGCUGAGUAGACGUAUUAUUAAAGAAGAAGCCAUCAAUCCCUCCAAGCAGGACACUUCUUCUUCUUGGGGAUGGGCGGCUUUGAGUCCUGAUUUGUCUGCUCUACGUACUAUGGCCGGGCGGUAUAUGUUUAGUUACGCGAAUAGCGUCCAUAUGGAUCCGUAUUCUCCGGAAUCGCAGGAGGAGAUCAGGCGAUGUGAAAGGGAGCGCCAGUAUGGGGAGCAACUGAGACGGGAGAGCGAGCAGUGGGAGGCUUAUGAAGGAGAUCAGGAUUUUUCGCGUUAUACUUGGACAUAUGAUCCGGAGACAGAGGAAGUGAUGAGGCAGGAUAGAAGGAAGGAGGCUAUGCAUGCUAAUGUGAUGCGUGAUGAGGAGCAGAUGCAGAGAGGCGACGGGUUGGAUGAAGAGGGUGAGCAGGUGGGUUAUGCAGAGGAUGAUAUGGCUGGUACCAACGUACGUUCUGAGUUCGGGGAAGAAGUUGGUGACGAAGAGUAUCAACAGUAUAAGGGGGGUGAAGAGUACGAAGACGAGGAAGAAUAUGCAGGAUACGAGGGUGGAGAAGAGUAUGAAGAAGAUGAAGGGUAUGAAGAAUACUAUGAAGAAGAGGGCUAUGCGGGGAGGGAAAAUUAUGAAGAAGAGAAUGGAUGCGAUGCAUAUGGAGGAAGCGACCAAGAGGAGGGAGAGAAGGAAGAGGAGAAGGACGAUCCCGCCUUCUCAAUUACCUCUACACAACAAACCCAGGCCGAGUACGAAAGCGCACGACAGGCUCUAAUCUCUGACAGUGAGGAUCUACUUGACAUGACGAGCAUUGGAGAACCAGAUGACUCGGUGAAUGAAAUAGGAAUUAUCUCUGAGAAGGAGCCGGAUACUGAUGAAAAUGAAACCUUCCACAGCUUUUGUGACGAAGGAGAAGUCUGCUCCAACGGCGACAACGCAACCUCACAAGCCAUGCCCACUGAUGGGUCUUCACCAAGCCCACGCUCACUCCUCGAUCCUUUAAUUCCACACUUCAGGGAGAAACUAAAUCAUCCUAGCGGUCGAUAUACGGAAGAAGAUGUUCACACCGAGCUCAGAGGCCUUGUGAUGGAGUCCUUCUGCGGCUGGCUGGAGACUCUCCGGCAAGAGUUUUCCGGAGCAGUGCCCGCAGCAACUGUCCGGGUGAGCCCAGAGCAUUGUCGCCAUCUGGGUUAUUGGAGCAAGGAAUUUGGAUCAUCCGAAUGUGAAAUGUGCCAUCGAUGGAUGCCCAUUUACACUCUCUCCUGCCCGGGGUGUGGGAUCAGGGCGUGUGUUGGCUGUAGAUUUCACUACGAGGAGUAA